AUGCAACUCACUUCAGUUUUCAUGAUGUGUGUAUCAGUGCUGUGGAUAACUGAACUCAGACCAGCAGCAUGUAAAUCUGAUCCGGUCAGCUGCAGACUGUGGCCCGAUCCUCAGAUGCCUGGUCUUUCUAUGAAUGGCGAUUUUGUGAUUGGGGGGACUUUCGCCAUUCAUUACUACAUGAGAUCAGAGCAGAACAGCUACACCAGAAAGCCCCUCCGGCAAGAGUGCUCUGGGAGAAUGGAUUUCAGGGAGCUGCGCUUCGCUCGUGCCAUGGAGUUCACAAUCCACGAGAUCAACAACAGAACAGAUCUCCUGCCUGGAAUCACGUUAGGAUACCAGAUACACGACUCGUGCUCUGAAGUGCCGAUGGCUGUUAAAGUUGCAUUUCAGUUUGCAAACGGCAUGGAACCAUUUUUCAAUGAUACUGAUUCCUGUUCAAAAUCUGCAGCUGCCGCUGUUCCUGCUGUGGUGGGAGAUUCUACUUCCACCACCUCGAUUAGCAUGAAUAGAAUACUGGGUCGUUUUGGAAUUCCACAGGUGAGUUACUACGCAAGCUGCGCAUGUCUGAGUGAUAAGCGACAGUUUCCUACUUUCUUCAGGACGGUGCCUAGUGACCAGCAUCAAGCGGCCGCGCUAGCAAAAGCUGUUAAGUAUUUUGGGUGGACAUGGAUUGGGGCAGUGCGCAGCGACACAGAUUAUGGAAAUUUUGCAAUGGCUGCGUUUCUAAACGCUGCGAAAGAGGAGGGAAUCUGUGUGGAGUACUCCGAGGUUUACUACAGAACAGAACCGCGCAGUAAACUGGAGAGAGUGGCGAACGUCAUCCGCAGAUCAACAGCCCGGGUAAUAGUAGCGUUUCUUCACGAAGGAGAUUUGAGGUUUCUGUUAGAGGAACUGACAAGACAGCCGCCCCCUCCCAUGCAAUGGAUCGGCAGCGAAGGGUGGAUUAUUGAUCCAGAGUUUCUGCGCUUUAACAUGUGCGCUGGGGCGAUAGGAUUUGGGAUCCCCCGCUCGGUGAUUCCAGGUUUCCGUGAGUUUCUUCUGGAUCUCUCUCCAGCACAAGCACUGAAAUCUCCUCUGCUAACGGAGUUUUGGGAGCGCUCGUUCAGCUGUAGCCUAAAAGGCUCCUCAGAGGGCGAGCGGGAAUGUGAUGGCAGCGAGGAUAUCCGCGCGCUGCAGAACCCGUAUACAGACACGUCGCAGCUGCGCGCGACUAACCUGGUGUAUAAAGCUACGUAUGCCAUAGCGCAUGCCAUCCACGGUGUUAUCUGUAAUGACACGCAGUGCGACAAGAGCGCUAAAUUCACACCAUUGCAGAUACUCAACCAGCUCAACAGAGUGAACUUCACUACGAAGAAUGGUUUUCAGGUCUCGUUUGAUUCCAAUGGUGAUCCUGUGGCUGUCUACGAUCUCAUAAACUGGCAAUUUAUGGAAGAUGGUGGUUUACGUUUUAUGAAUGUUGGCCAAUAUGACCCUUCCAAACCAAUAGGCCAGGAGAUCAGUAUAAGCAGACCUAUUAGCUGGGUGGGGGGACAGACAGAGGUUCCAAGAUCUGUGUGCAGUGAGAGCUGUCCUCCAGGAACCAGGAAGGCUGUGCAGAAAGGAAAGCCAGUCUGCUGCUAUGACUGUAUACCAUGUGCAGAAGGAGAAAUCAGUAAUAAGACAGAUUCUUUGAAUUGUGUGCGCUGCCCUCCUGAGUUCUGGCCCAACAACCAGCGAGAUGAAUGCUUCGCCAAAUCUGUGGAGUUCCUGUCCUGGGACGACACUCUGAGCAUAAUCCUGACAGUGUUCUCCAUCACUGGGGCCUUCAUAGCUGUAUGUGUGACUGCUGUUUUUUACAAACACAGAACUUCUCCAAUCGUCCGAGCAAACAACUCAGAGCUGAGCUUCCUGCUGCUCUUCUCACUGACUCUGUGUUUUCUCUGCUCUCUUACUUUCAUUGGUCAGCCUUCUGAGUGGUCCUGUGUGCUUCGCCACACAAUGUUUGGGAUCACCUUCGUCCUCUGCAUCUCCUGUGUUCUGGGGAAGACCAUAGUGGUGUUAAUGGCCUUCAGAGCUACACUUCCAGGCAGCAAUGCCAUGAAAUGGUUUGGGCCUCCACAGCAGAGACUCAGUGUUCUUGCUUUCACUCUUAUACAGGUCCUUAUUUGUGUUAUUUGGUUGACAAUAUCUCCUCCUCUCCCCAUCAAAAAUCUGAAAUACUACAAGGAAAGGAUAAUACUGGAAUGUGGAUUAGGUUCAGCUGUAGGUUUCUGGGCUGUGCUGGGUUAUAUAGGUUUUCUGGCUCUUUUGUGUUUUAUUUUGGCUUUUCUAGCACGGAAGCUGCCUGACAACUUUAAUGAAGCCAAGUUCAUCACAUUCAGCAUGCUCAUAUUCUGUGCAGUUUGGAUUACCUUUAUUCCAGCCUAUGCCAGCUCCCCUGGAAAGUUCACUGUAGCUGUAGAGAUAUUUGCUAUUCUGGCCUCAAGCUUUGGUUUGUUUACUUGUAUUUUUGCUCCCAAGUGUUUCAUAAUCAUGUUUAGGCCAGAGCAGAAUACCAAGAAACACAUUAUGGGUAAAGUGCCCUCUAAACCUCUUUGA